AUGUCUACAGCUCAAGCCGCAAGUCAGAACCGUCCUUUCCCGCUGCAUCCGUUGUCGCAGAAUGCGUUGGUCACUCGUGAUGAUUUCGCCGCAGCCUGCGCCUCGCUGUUAGAUCCAUUGGAAGCAGGAUUCAGUCCGGAGAAGGCAUUGGUCAAAGUUGGCGGCUCUGGAACAAGAUUCGACGAGACAGCAGCUCAGAUUGAAGGAUUCGCCCGUCCGUUAUGGGGUCUUGCACCACUCCUUGCAGGGGGAUCUUACAGCAAGUCGGAUCUAUGGGUGAAAGGUCUUAUCGCAGGUACAGACCCUGAAAGCCCAGAGUUCUGGGGCAACAUGGAGGAUCUCGACCAGCGUAUGGUGGAGGCGUGCCCAAUUGGGUUCACCCUGGCCAUCGCUGGAAAAGACUUCUGGGAUCCCUUGACCGACAAACAGAAGGACAAUAUCGCAAAUUGGCUCGGAAGCAUGAACGACAAGGAAAUGCCCAACACGAAUUGGCUCUGGUUCAGAGUAUUCGCAAAUCUCGGCCUGAAGCAGAAUGGAGCACCAUUCUCGCAAUCCCGUCUGGAGGCUGACAUGGACCAUUUGGAUACUUUCCACAGGGGCGACGGCUGGUCAAACGAUGGUCCAGCAGGUUAUACACAGAUGGACUACUACUCUGGAUCAUUUGCCAUACAAUAUCUCCAGCUGCUAUAUGCCAAGCUUGCAGGCGACUCUGAUCCGAAGAGAGCCGAAGAGUAUCGCGAGAGAGCUCGCAAAUAUUCACUCGACUUUGCCCAUUAUAUGGAUCCUGAAGGACAUGCUAUUCCAUUCGGAAGGAGCUUGACAUAUCGCUUUGCGACUGUAGGCUUCUGGUCUGCGCUUGCCUUUGCAGAUGUCGAGCCACCGGCUCCUCUGUCGUGGGGUGUGAUCAAGGGCAUGCUUCUCCGUAACUUGCGUUGGUGGUCAAAACAUCCAGAUAUUUUCCAGCCUAACGGUAUGCUGAACAUCGGAUACACGUAUCCGAACUACUACCUGGCAGAGAACUACAACUCCCCUGGUUCACCGUAUUGGUGUAUGCUGGCAUUCGCUCCUCUAGCGUUGCCAAAAGAGCAUCCAUUCUGGACAUCCAAAGAAGAGGCGCACCCAUUCAAGACGUCGUCUUCUCUACUUCCGGAAAUCAAGGCUCUGAAGUAUCCUUUGCACAUCAUGGUGCAUAAAGCCGGACACACUUUCCUGCUAUCAUCAGGUCAAAAAUGCCAUUACCCGCUCAAGUCCACACAAGCCAAGUAUGGUCACUUUGCAUACAGCGCUUCCUUCGGCUAUAGCGUGCCCACUGGUGGAUAUACUAUUGAGCAGUAUGUUCCAGAAUCUGCUCUCGCUCUCAGUGACGAUGAGGGCGAGAUGUGGAAAAUGCGCCGCGAUGUUGAGAACGCCGAGCUGAGUACCAAGGAUGGCUCGCCGUACCUCUACUCAGAAAUGAGACCUUGGUCGGACGUCAAAGUCCGCACAUGGUUGCUUCCACCAACCGAUGAUGCACCAUCUUGGCAUCUGCGUGUACAUCACAUCCAGUCAGGAAGACGCUUGCAGAGUUACGAAGGCGCUUUUGCUAUCAAAGGAACAGCCAAAGCCACCGGACGCGCACUCGGCGCAUUGUCAUCGUCUUCGCACAAUGAAGGUACCGAGGCUGGUCAAGCUUCUGCAUUGACCGUAUCGGAAGCUGGAGCUGUCGGUAUAGUUGACCUGCAAGCACCGAGAUCUGGUAAGGUGCUUGAUGUCGACGCCAACUCGAACUUGAUCGAGGCUCGCACGGUGUUGCCUGCUUUAGGCAUGGAUGUUGAGGUCGGUAAAGAUGUGUACUUUGUGACGGCUGUCUUCGCGAUGCCAGCCUCGGAAGGUUGGACAGAGAGGUGGCGUCAGGCAUGGGAGAAGAAGCCUGUCAUCCCUGAUUGGAUUAAAGAGGCCAUGAAGUAGAAGUUCGUAGAUCCCUAGAGAACAGU